GUUAGACAAUUUCCCUACUUGGUUUCGAAUCCUUUAUCGGUUUCUCUUCUUCCAGACUGCACCCACCCGCCGCCGAGCAGAGAUGGUUCGGCCCUACGCAGUGAAGGGGAGGAAACUCAAGAGAAGGAGAGUCGAAGAACCAUCGCCGACCGAGGAGGAGAUGGUAGAAGACGUCUCCGACGAGGGAGAAAGGGAGACUGGAGUCGAGGUAGAGGAGGACGAGGACGAGAGGCGGGCGGAGGAGGCUUUGGACAAGACUCCUGUCCUCCCUAUCACUGGGCCUGUCGACAGAGCCAAGCGGCCGGGGGUCAUAUUCGUUCUCGAAAAGGCUUGUCUGGAGGUCGGAAAAGUCGGAAAGAAUUUUCAAAUUCUGAACUCAGAUGACCAUACAAAUUAUUUGAAGAAACAGAAUCGCAACCCUGCUGAUUAUAGACCAGACAUCAUUCACCAGGCCCUUCUUGCAAUAUUUGAUAGUCCCUUAGCCAAGGCCGGUAGGUUGCAAGCUAUUUAUGUGAAAACAGAGAAAGGAGUUCUUUUUGAAAUUAAACCACAUGUUCGUAUACCGAGGACGUUCAAGCGCUUUUGUGGUCUUAUGUCACAAUUGUUACAAAAGUUAAGCAUAACAGCUGUUGGGAAGCGGGAGAAACUUCUUAACGUUAUAAAAAACCCAGUGACUCGUCACUUGCCUGUCAAUUCCAAGAAAAUAGGUCUCUCUUAUAGUUCAGACAAGUUGGUUAACUUAUCCAAUUAUGUUGCUACUGCUAGUGAUGAUGCUCCGCUUGUUUUUGUGGUUGGUGCAAUGGCUCAUGGAGCAAUCAGUAAGGAAUACAUUGAUGAUUUUGUAUCCAUAUCAGAGUACCCCUUGAGCGCGGCGUGCUGUUUGAACAGGAUAUGCAGUGCAUUUGAGCAAAAAUGGAAGAUCACAUAAACGUUACGUGACUGUUUUAUUCUAGUUAGCCAUCGUAGGCGACAUGUUCUGUAAUUUCAAUUAGCAAGUUUGCAAUUGCUGAAGUAUUCACCACUGUUUGUACGAUAAGAGCUUAUUGUUAUUCUUAAUUUUUGCUGUCCGAUGCUUGUUCCUUCAA